AGUUAGGAGUUGAUUUGCUCGACACCCGUUAUUUUUGGCUGUUUUAAUGCGAUCCCGGCUCAUCUCACAAUUCGUCAGAAGACUUUCUACCUCGACGCGCUUAGCUAUGAGCUUGUCCAAGACUGUCUACGUUACCCGCCCUGAUGUGGAUUCCAGUGGCCUGGAGCUGCUACGCAAAAGCUGCAAUGUUAGCACUUGGUCGCAACCUCUGCCCGUGCCACGUGAGGAACUGCUACGUCAAGUAGCAGGCAAAGAUGCACUCUUCUGUACCCUCUCUGAUAAAAUAAAUGCCGAUGUUCUGAAUGCCGCUGGACCGCAACUUAAAUGCAUAUCAACUAUGUCCGUGGGCUACGAACAUAUAGACAUUGACGAAUGCAAGAAACGUGGCAUACGUGUCGGUUUCACGCCAGACGUACUCACUGAUGCCACCGCCGAGCUGACUUUGGCGCUGCUGCUGGCCACCAACCGACGCCUCUUCGAGGCCAGCAAACAAGUGUACAAUGGCGGCUGGAAGUCCUGGGCGCCCAUGUGGAUGUGUGGGCAGGGCUUGAAGAACACACGCAUUGGGCUUUAUGGCUUUGGGCGCAUUGGUCAAGAGAUAGGAGCGCGACUAGUGCCAUUUAAGCCAUCGCAGAUAACCUACACGACCCGCAGUGAGCGCGCCACGGAGGCAGCGAAGAUAAAUGCACUACGUGUGAGUUUCGAUGAGAUGCUUACCGAAUCGGACUUUAUAAUUGUCUGCUGCGCCUUGACACCUGAGACGAAAGAGAUUUUUAAUGAGUCAGCCUUCAAGAAGAUGAAAUCGAAUUGCAUAUUUAUAAAUACAGCGCGAGGUGGUGUUGUGGAUCAGCAAGCGCUCUGCGAUGCACUGAAGACGAAACGCAUACAGGCCGCCGGCUUAGAUGUGACCACCCCAGAGCCCUUGCCAUUGAAUGAUGCACUCUUAGAACUGGAGAAUAUUGUACUAUUGCCGCACAUAGGCAGCGCCGAUAUUGAGACACGCAAGGAAAUGUCGCGCAUAACUGCAAGGAAUAUAUUGGCUGCUCUUUCCGAUAAGAAAAUGGAAGCGGAGGUCGCCUAAAUAGAAAAAUUCGUUGCAAUUUGUUUAAAUAUAUAUUUUUUGCCUGUCUAAUAUACGGUAACAAUUUUUGUGCUUAAACUAAA